GAAGGGAGGGGAGUGUUCAGCUCUGCAGGCUGUACCCGACCACCUGAGGAGGGGCUCUUCACCCCUUACAUCCUCAGAAGCUUAAGGAGCUCGGGCCACUGUCCUGAGCUGACAGGUCAGGACUGGCAAAGGGAGGCACUAUUUAGUACUGAGUAAGCGUGUGUCUGUCCUUUCUGCUUACGUGGUGACCCACGUGCGGGGAGGAGCUGACACGCAGGGCCCUGCUGCCUACAACUCCUUGACGGACCUCAACAUCACCCUCGUCAUAGAUUAGCUCCCAACAAAAUAGUGUUGCCCGAGUGUAACUCCACGCGUCACCGUGUGCCCUCAGAAAGCUGAAUGCCAGGUACCUGAAGAUGUCCCUCCCUGACCUUCAGUCUUUAGGGACAGCCAGGAGGAGCCAGGCUAUGUGAUAAGCCUCGGGGAGGCAAAGUCCCCCUCCCAGCCUUACACAGAUCACUCGUGAGAACGAGAGAGCAAGCAUGAAGCUGGCCACGGAGGUUGGGGUAGACAGCAGAGCCGGGACCUGAAAAGUGCUGAUAACCUAUCUAACCCCGGCCGCUCGGAAAGGACUUUAGUCUCUGCAGCUAUCAGAUCUCCGCAGGACCAGCUCCUAGGUAGGUUGAGAAAGGAAGGAAGGCAGGAAGAAGACAGUGCAGGGCUGCCUGCUGUCCACUCCACGCCGGCAACAUGGAGCCAAAGGGGACCCAGCUUCGGAGGAGAGACGGGCCGGAAAAGGGAGCCUGUGGAGACGGAAACACGAAGAAUCACAGAACCGCAGACUUGGUGCAAUGGACCCGGCACAUGGAGGCUGUGAAGAGCCGGUUUCUGGAGCAAGCGCAGAGACAGUUGGCAGAGCUGUUGGAUCGGGCCCUGUGGGAGGCUGAACAAGCCUACCCGCAACAGGACAGACCUCUUCCCGCCGCUGCCCCAGGGCCCACGGGCAAGACCCAGGAGUUCCCCCCUGGCAAACGGAAAGUUUUCGUCACUCGAAAGUCCCUGCUGGACGAGCUGAUGGAGGUGCAACACUUCCGAACCAUCUACCACAUGUUCGUCGCGGGCCUGUGCGUCCUCGUCAUCAGCACCCUGGCCAUCGACUUCAUCGAUGAGGGCAGGCUGGUGCUGGAGUUUGACCUCCUCAUCUUCAGCUUCGGACAGCUGCCCUUGGCGCUGAUGACCUGGGUUCCCAUGUUCCUGUCCACGCUGCUGGUGCCCUACCAGAGCCUGUGGCUGUGGGCCCGGCCGCGCGCCGGGGGCGCCUGGACGCUGGGGGCCGGGCUGGGCUGCGCUCUGCUGGCUGCCCACGCCGCGCUGCUCUGCGUCCUCCCGGUCCACGUGGCCGUGAAGUGGGAGCUGCCGCCCGCCUCGCGCUGCGUGCUGGUGUUUGAGCAGGUCAGGCUCCUGAUGAAAAGCUACUCCUUCCUGAGAGAGACGGUGCCUGGGGUGCUCUGCGUCAGAGGAAAGGGUAUCUGCGCCCCCAGCUUCUCCAGCUACCUCUACUUUCUCUUCUGCCCUACACUCAUCUACAGGGAGACAUACCCCAGGACGCCCUGCAUCCGGUGGAAUUACGUGGCCAAGAACUUUGCCCAGGCCCUGGGCUGUGUGCUCUAUGCCUGCUUCAUCCUGGGCCGACUCUGCGUGCCAGUCUUUGCCCACAUGAGCCAGGAGCCCUUCAGCACCCGCGCCCUACUGCUCUCAGUGCUGCACGCCACGGGGCCAGGCAUCUUCAUGCUGCUGCUCAUCUUCUUCGCCUUCCUGCAUUGCUGGCUCAACGCCUUCGCUGAGAUGCUGCGCUUCGGAGACAGGAUGUUCUACAGGGACUGGUGGAACUCCACCUCCUUCUCCAACUACUACCGCACCUGGAACGUGGUGGUCCACGACUGGCUCUACAGCUAUGUCUACCAGGACGGGCUGUGGCUCUUGGGCGGGCAUGCCCGCGGGGCCGCCAUGGUGGGAGUGUUCCUGGUCUCUGCAGUUGUACAUGAGUACAUUUUCUGCUUCGUCCUGGGGUUCUUCUACCCGGUCAUGCUCAUGCUGUUCCUGGUGUUCGGGGGGCUGCUGAACUUCACUAUGAAUGACCGGCACACCGGCCCAGCCUGGAACGUCCUGAUGUGGACCUUGCUCUUUCUGGGCCAGGGCAUCCAGGUCAGCCUGUACUGCCAGGAGUGGUAUGCCCGGAGACACUGCCCCUUGCCCCAGACAACAUUCUGGGGGCUGGUGACACCCCGAUCUUGGUCCUGCCAUCCCUAGAAGUCAAGGUCCCGUACUGCCCAGAGGACGGCAGCAAGCUCUUCUCUACCUGCAAAGCCCAGGGCCAGGGCCUCUCACUGCCCCAUUUGGAGUCAGGACCUGCCAGGGGCGUAGGGACUGAGGUCCACACCUCAGUGGGCAUCAGACCACAGGCUCAGUGUGGUGUGACUGUGGACCGGCCACAGGUCACCUUCCGAGCCACAGAUCUCCAGACGUGAGGAGACUCAGAGGAACAAGGGCCACCAAAGUUUAACUUGUGUUUGGUUCUUUCUACUCCUCACAGUGCAACAAUAAAAUCUUUGUCUUCUUUUCA